AUGUCGAGUGUAUCACAAGUGACGCCGGUGGCUCCUGGUUCCGAGCCUGAUCGGACCACUACCCAAUAUUCAAACUCCGCCCAACUCCACCACCACCCGCCACCAGGCACCGACAGCACCGUAAUGGGAUCCCUUCGUUUGAUUGAAUUACAACUAGUGGCAUUCAUUAUGGUUAUUUCAGCCAGUGGCCCUGUUCCACUCCUUCAUCUCAUCUUCCCAGCCUUCGUCACUGCUUAUAUUAUCGUGCUUUCGCGUUUACCCUUUCCAGCACACGGAAAAAUAUCGAACUCACUCGAAAUAUACCAAGGCAGUCGCUUUUUUCGAUUCUACGUAAUUGUCGGAACAACUGUUGGCCUAUUUUUUCCAUUGGCUUAUAUUUUGGGUGGAUUUGCUAGAGGAGAUGACCAUACUGUUCGAUUAGCCACACGUCAUUUGUUCUUGCUGUCUUUCCAAAUACUCACAGAAAACAUCGUAAGUGGGUUGUCGUUGUUUUCGCCUCCUGUGCAAGCACUUGUCCGUUUACUUUACACCGUUCGGAGGAUUUUUGUCUAUCUUGAUUGGAUUAAGGAUGUUUGGAUUAACAAAACCUUGCCUGCAAAUGCUGCACUCCAGAGAAGAAACAGGUGUACAAGUAGGCAGCAGCAACAAAGUGGCGGAUGCAAUUCACACAACAAUGGUGAAAACAACAAAAAUGAAGAGAGUAAAAACAACCCAGAUGGAGUAAUUGUAUUGGGUGUUUAUAUUCAUUGUGAAGGAUGUCAAGAUGAAGUGCUUCGAUGCCUCCGUGGGUUUGAAGGAGUCGAGAAGAUUGAAAUUGAUGCGAAAACUCACAAGGUUAUUGUAAAGGGGAAAAAAGCUGAUCCUAGUAAAGUGGCAGAGAGGUUAAGGAAGAAAAGUGGGAAGCAUGUGGACUUGAUUUCUCCAAUUCCGCCUAAGGAAGAAAAAAAGGAGGAGAAAAAACCAGAGCCUCCAGCAGUGAUUGAAGUAGUGUUGAAGAUUUAUCUGCAUUGUGAAGGGUGUGCUAAAGAGGUGAAGCAUUGUAUUCACAAGAUGGAAGGAGUGCAAACUGUGAUUCCAGAAAUGGAGAAGAAUCUUGUGACUGUAAAAGGAAGUAUGGAUGCAAAGAAACUGGUAGAGUUCGUCAACAAGAGAGGUGGAAGGCAUGCAGAGAUUGUGAAGGAAACUAAUACUGAGAAGAAAAAAGAAAACAAUGAAAAUGAAAACAGAACUGGGGCGGUUUACCCAAACUAUCCUUCGGAUUUGGUUUAUGCCCCUCAGUUAUUCAGUGAUGAGAACCCCAAUUCCUGCUUUAUUAUGUAA